CGUGGCGAUAAAGCAAAUUAUAUAUUAUCAUUUUAGGAGUCCCCUCUCUCUCGCCCCACAGAGAAACCUCCAGCAAUGGCGGCUUCUGUCCCAUGCUGCACUCACCCUCCCUUCUCCAUAAAUUCUUCUUCUUCUUCUUCUUCUUCUUCUUCUUCUUCUUCUUCUUCUUCUUCUUCUUUAUCGGGCAGCCUCAGUUUGCAUUGGUUGCCUGGUAUUCAAAGAGUUAACCGCAGAUCAGUCAGACAAUUUAAGGUGUCUCGAGCAAAGUGUUGGUUCAAGCUUGGGAAAAAUGGGAUCGAGUUCGAAACAGAUGAUGCAGAACAGGCAAUGGGAAGAAACUUACGGGCUCAGUACUUCACCAACUUCAACACCGAAAAGUUCUCCUCGGCAAUCGCCCUAGGAGCUCUCCUGGCCACUGUUGAGCUGCCGGCAAUGGCAGUCACUGGAGUGAACGACGAAGAAGAUCUCAUUUGGGUCCUAACUCAGCUGGCCAUAGUUGCCUUCUUGUAUUUCCUCGUGGCACCACCAAUCAUCAUGAACUGGCUCAGGAUUAGAUGGUACAAGCGGAACGUCUUCGAGAUGUACCUGCAGUUUAUGUUCGUCUUCAUCUUCUUCCCCGGGGUAUUGCUGUGGGCACCAUUUUUGAACUUCAGGAAAUUCCCGAGAGAUCCAUCGAUGAAGCAUCCAUGGUCUGUGCCUGAAGACCCUUCAAAGAUCAAGAACGCAUACCUCAAGUACCCUUUCGCCCAGCCCGAAGACUAUGAAGUAUGAAUGAUCAAAUCUCACCAAAUUACAGAUUAAGGGCCAGUAAAGAGUUUGAUCAGUUGCUUCAUUGUAUGACAGAAUAGAUUAUGCAGAAGGCAUUCUUACCAUCUUCAGUGAGAAAUGCCAAUUCAGUCUAUUUAGUCUUCAAUUUCCAAAGCAUUCUCCGAGCAAAGACGAUGGAGCCAUCAUGGCAGAAAAAUGAGGCUAGAUGAUGGAGCCAUCGCAGCUGAUAUGGAAAUGAAACGAAAUAUUCAGUACA